AUGAAUUCUGAAGAAUUGCCAAAGGAAGAAGUAAUAUUGUCAUACCCCUGUAAUAUCUGUCAAAAAACAUUCCCUCUAAAAAGUAGCCUUACUAAACAUAAACGUGUUCACACAGGGGAGAAACCACAUAACUGUGAGACCUGUGGAGGCAAAACUUACCACUGUGAUAUCUGUGGCAAAUCAUUCUCUCAAAGAACCUACUUGAUUAUGCAUCACAGACGUAUUCAUUCAGGUGUGAAGCCAUAUCGCUGUGACAUAUGUGAUAAAUCAUUCUCUGUAGUUCGUUCUUUAAAUGCUCACAAACAUUCCCACAGAGGAGAGAAACCAUAUCACUGUAAUACUUGCGGUAAAUCAUUCACCUCUGGAAGAGCUUUAACUGCUCACAAGCGUAUUCACUCAGGAGAAAGGCCAUAUCAUUGUAGUGUCUGUGGUAAAUCCUUCUCCCAAAGGUAUGGCCUAACUAGGCACAUGCGUGUACAUACAGGUGAGAAGCCAUAUCACUGUAAUAUCUGCGCUCAUUUAACCAGUCACAGACGUAUUCAUACAGGAGAUAAACCAUAUGAAUGUGAUAUUUGCGAUAUUUACUUUGGUAAAAACGUACAACACACCGAUUCGCUGUCUGCAUGCGAAAAGGAAUACCAGAUAGCAUCAGCGAAGAUAGAUCGUCAAUAUUUAUAA